CUCCCUGCAGGAACAAGGACACCGAAGGUGAACAGACCAGAGCUCAGGAGCAAGGGUGGCCCCUGACCAGGGCAUAGGCAUAAAUUGGGGGUGCCGGAGACCCUGGAGAACCACAGGUUGGGGUAUAGGGCAGAGCCCAACCCACCGAGAGGAAGGUGCAGUUGGCAGGUAGAGCAGUUUGGAAAGGCCACAGAGAGCCCAAUGUGCCAGGGAGCCUCAGCACAGCAACACCCUUAUGUUCACAUCUUGGAGGUCUGAGACACAGAAACAGGAGUGAAGGGACAGCAGCGUCUACCUCACUCCACACGGUUCCAGCCCUGAGAGGAAGAGGAGGCUCUCUGUACCCUCCAUGCCCCACUGAGAAUGAAUAGGUGCCAAGCGUGCUGUCUGUUACUGCUCACCAUUCUGGUGGCCCUGGUGGUCAGCCAAGACCCAGAAAAGAAUAAGAUCAAGGUGCUGAGGGAAUUGAAAGUCAUCAAUACUUCCAAUGCCAACGUGAAGCAGUGUUUGUGGUUUGCCAUGCAAGAGUACAACAAAGAGAGUAAGGAUAAAUACCUCUUCCAGGUGGUGAAGAUAAUACAAGCUCAGCUACAGGUCACAGAUCGUUUGGAAUACUUUAUCGAUGUUGAAAUUGCCCGCAGCAAUUGCAAAAAGCCUUUAAACAAUAAUGAAAACUGUGCUGUCCAAGAAAACUCCAAACUGGAAAAGAGAACAUUUUGCAACUUUCUGGUUGGUGCUCUUCCCUGGAAUGGAGACUUCACAGUGAUGAAGAAACAUUGUUUGCCUGCCUAAAAGAUUCUGGAACAUGCCUCCGACCUCUGUCUGUAUACCUUUCUCUGUGAAAAGAACAAUGGAAAGUGCAAGUGUUAUCAACGUGCUUUCCUCUUGUAUGGCCUCUCUGCUUGCAUUUUGUUUCUAUC